UGGCAGUACUUAGUACAGUUGCUACUUUUAGCCGCUCGAAUCUGGCUGAAAGCUACCCAUGAGUACCGUUGUUUCUCAUGUUCAGGAGUUUCUACGGCUUACCGUAUGCAAUAUCAUCACAUCAUCCCAUCGAUUUCCAAGAUCUGCCUCCCACCAAAUUUUUCUCUUCUCGCCUCUCAAAUUUACCGCAGCUUCCAUCUUUCAGUAUGCGUUCCGUUGACACGAGGAUUUCCAAAAGUCCAAUUCCCGGCCCAUUUGGUUUCAGUUUGUCUCGUUCUCCGACAACUUGAACCAACCCAUGUCCAUUCUAGUUGCAAUCAUGCACCACAUAUGUGUGCAAUAUGCUCAUCACACUCUACUAACAUUGUGUUCGUUAUGUUAUCGAUCACCGGAAUCCUCAGCCCAACCCUCUCGCCCAACGAAUUAAUACAUCGAGAAGUGACCGGUGUUGCUGAAGAUAAUGGAUCACCAGAUGCAUAUAAAUGGGUGUCCUUCAUCUCAGCUAAAGUCGACUGCGAUCUAGAACUCGUGCGUGACUCGCCCUCUUUUCCCUCUCGGUCCUUCGUCAUUUUGUUUUCGUUUUUCAUUGUUUAUCAGCGCGCUGGUAUACUACACUAUAUCAUUUAUCAUUUUGUUGAUAGCAUUUUGACCUUGUCUUGCUCCUCGUCCGCGUCCGACCACAAAAUCGUAUAGUACCGACUACAGUUCGGCCUGGUCAUGACCCACUUGUAUCAUCCUAUGCCCUUGUUGUACACUGAUUCGCUUCUCAUCUUG